GCAUCGCUAUUGGUUUCCUCCUCGCCCUUUAGCGCACGCCGCGCACCUCUCACGCCCAGAUCAGCGAUGCUCGUACCUGGCGCAGGGCGAAGAUCCCUCAGCAUCAGGACCAGCGGCUCUCCAUGACGACUGAACCUUCAGCAUGGUCCAGAAAUCCCGCAACGGCGGGGUGUAUCCCGGCCCGCAAGCCGAGAAGAAGCUGAAGGUGGGCUUCGUGGGGCUGGAGGCGGGCGCGACGGAGUCCAGUCGAGACGGCGCGCUGCUCAUCGCGGGCGCCGAGGCGACAAAGCGCGGCAGCAUCUUGAGCAAACAGCGCUCCAGCAUCUCGGGCAAGAGGCCGCCGAAACGCAACGCUUUCUAUCGACGCUUGCAGAAUUUCCUUUACAAUGUGCUGGAGAGACCGCGCGGAUGGGCGUUCAUCUAUCACGCAUACGUUUUUCUGCUGGUCUUCUCGUGUCUGGUCCUGUCUGUCUUCUCCACCAUCAAAGAAUAUGAGAAGAGCUCUGAAGAUGCCCUCUAUAUACUGGAAAUUGUAACCAUAGUGGUUUUUGGAGUGGAGUACAUUGUGAGGAUCUGGUCUGCGGGAUGUUGCUGUCGAUACAGAGGAUGGCGCGGGAGACUGAAAUUCGCCCGGAAACCUUUCUGUGUUAUCGACAUCAUGGUCUUAAUCGCUUCUAUCUCAGUGUUGGCUGCUGGAACGCAGGGAAAUGUGUUCGCCACAUCAGCCAUCAGGAGUCUCCGAUUCCUCCAGAUUCUUCGGAUGAUCCGCAUGGAUCGUCGUGGAGGAACGUGGAAACUCUUGGGAUCUGUGGUCUAUGCACACAGCAAGGAGCUCAUCACUGCCUGGUAUAUUGGUUUUCUGUGUCUGAUCCUGGCAUCGUUUCUGGUGUACCUCGCCGAGAAAGACGACAAUGUGAUGUUUGAAACAUACGCUGAUGCUCUGUGGUGGGGUCUGAUCACUCUUACGACCAUCGGCUACGGUGAUAAAUAUCCAAUAACCUGGAACGGACGGCUUCUCGCAGCGACCUUCACCCUGAUCGGCGUGUCCUUCUUCGCCCUUCCCGCUGGAAUCUUGGGUUCUGGGUUUGCUUUGAAAGUUCAGGAACAACAUCGACAGAAACAUUUCGAGAAACGCAGAAAUCCAGCCGCUGGCCUCAUUCAGGCUGCAUGGAGGUUUUAUGCAACAAAUCUGAAUCGUACAGAUCUCUACUCGACGUGGGAUUAUUAUGAGAGAACCGUGUCAGUACCCAUGUACAGACUCAUACCUCCUCUGAACCAGCUCGACCUACUGAGAAAUCUGAAGAGUAAAUCUGGACUCUCCUUCAGAAAAGAUGCCCAACCUGAACCGUCACCCAGUCAGAAGGUGAGUUUGAAAGAGCGCGUGUUCUCCAGCCCGAGAAACUCGGCUAAUAAAGGGAAGAACUCACCUCAGAGUCAGCUGCCGAUCCGUCGCUCACCCAGUGCAGAUAACAGCAUUGAAGACAGUCCAUCUAAAGUACCCAAAAGUCUGAGCUUCAGCGAUCACCGCAGUCGAGCCAGACAAGCCUUUCGAUUUAAAGGAGCGGCGUCACGCCAGAAUUCAGAAGUUCUCAUUGAGAUGCAAGAGGAAGAUUUGAGACACAGGAACUCCCCAGAAGCCAGUCUGCCUGGAGACGAUAUUGUUGAUGACAAUAAAAGCUGCCAUUGUGAAUUUGUACCUCAGGAUUUAACGCCGGGACUUAAGGUCACCAUCAGGGCUGUGUGCAUUAUGAAGUUCAUGGUGUCCAAGCGAAAGUUUAAAGAGAGUUUACGGCCGUAUGAUGUAAUGGAUGUAAUAGAGCAGUACUCUGCCGGUCAUCUCGACAUGCUGGCUAGGAUUAAAAACCUUCAGUCCAGGUUAGAUAUGAUAUUGGGUCCGCCGGGCCCCGGCACCCCUCGCCCAAAGAAGUGUUCAAGCCAAGGAACCAAAGAGUCGCCUCAGUUCUCGACUAGAGUGGAUCAGAUUGUUGGUCGAGGUGCUGCAAUGACAGAUAAAGAUCGUCCUAAAGGAGCCACUGAGUCUGAACUGCCUGAAGAUCCCAGCAUGAUGGGAAGACUCGGAAAGGUGGAGAAACAGGUGAUGUCUAUGGAAAGGAAACUGGAUUUCCUGGUAAACAUCUACAUCCAGCGAAUGGGCAUUCCACAGUCUGAGACUGAUGCUUACUUUGCUUCCAAGGAGCCCGACCCGGCGCCUCCGUACCACAGCCCGGUGGACCACAUGGAGAAGAGCGGCUCCAUUAACAAAAUCAUCCGCUCCAACAGCGCCGCAGGCCAGAAGAACUUUGACCCGCCCCCCUCGACCUGCAUCAACCACCACUGCCCGCCGUCAACAUCCUGGCAUCCGCAAACCCUCCCAACACCCAGCCGACAGGGUAGUCGGGGCACCUCGCCCGUGGGCGACCCGUCGCUUGUCCGCAUCCCUCCGCCUCCGGCUCACGAGCGCUCUUCCGGCGCUCACAACGGGAGUUCCCGAGGUUCCGGGCAUCAUCAUUCUCGAGGAGGUGGAGGUGGGAUGGAGGACGGACGCCCGUUGGCUCUUUCACAGCAGCAUCCAGGAGCGGAGAGCGACACGUCCAUAUCCAUCCCCUCGGUGGACCACGAGGAACUAGAACGCUCCUUCAGUGGCUUCUCCAUUUCUCAAUCCAAGGAAAACUUGGACUUUCUCAACAACGCCUAUUUUAGCGGUGUGUCGCGGUGCGCUAAAGUCAGACCCUACAUUGCCGAGGGCGAGUCUGACACGGACUCCGACCUGUGUGCCCCCUCUCCACAUUCUGCCACCGGAGACGGUGCCUACGGAGACAGAGGUUGGUCUGGUGGUCCCAAGUAGAAAGAAACUUCACAAAGUAGGAUUUAACCCAACCGAGAGCAGCGUGUGAGGCAAAGGACACGCGAGACUGUGGGCAGUAAGCUGCUCGUGUGUUUAAAAAGCAGUGUGAAAUCUCACAAACGCAGCUUCAUGACCAGUAGGACCAUGGAAACGCCAGCAACCGAAGUCUGAGAAUGUCUGCUUCUGAAGUCUGGACAAAAGGACUUUGUGAAAAAGCUGAGAGUCAAGCACUUGCUUAUCCAUCAGCUCUUACCUGGCCGUACGGCCGAGAGAGACGGGUGGUAAUGUGAGGAUGGAUGAGAGACAUCUGAAGACGAAGGGAAUAGAGAGAAAAUAAUGUCUUUAUCAUUUCAUAUGUGGUGCAUUUUCAUCCUUAAGAACACAUGUUAAGGAUUCACACAUUGUCAAUGUUUGUCUUGUGUCGGUUAAAGAAACACUCACCUCUGGUUAAAGAAAUACUCACUCUUCCAUACCCACAGAGUUACAUUUUAUUUAGAAAAGCAGUCCUACAGCCCAUACCAUAGGUUGUUUGUCCAAGCAGCUUAUUAUGACCUAUCCACUUGUUAAGUCAUGACACAAAAAUGCAGUUUCUGGGUCCAAGCAAACAGAUUUCAAGAGAGGCUACGAUCAUUUACGAUCGCUGCUUAUUCAUAACAUUUAGGCUUAAAUGCUUUUUAUAAACUCACGGUGUUCACUACAUGGCUCCAGUCUCAAGGACACAAACAUUUGAAUGAUUUAUUAACUCGUUCCCCGCCAUUGACGAGUUAACUCAUCAAAUAAGAGAAAACGCUUCCAAGUAACGAGUUUUUCUGGCAAUCCGUAUUUUCUCUAUUAUCCACCAGAUGGCACCCUUACCUAACUUAUAAAACCUGGAAUCAACAACUUAGGGCAAAUAGUUCAAAAACUGUGUAUGUUUUGAUCAUCAAUCUGAAUCGGAUUUAUUCAGCAAUUAUUUCAGCAUUUUGCUCAAAAUUUUGUAUUUUUGAAGAAACCUACCCAUAUUUGAUAGGUGAUAAAAAGAGAAUAAACAAGGUAGGAUUAAUUUUUUGUUUUGUUUUUGUUUUUGUUUAAAGGCAAAGAAAUUUUUUGGAAGGCAUUAAAGUUUGGUGAAAAUCAUAAAAAAUGCUGGCGCUGGCUGGUAACGUUAUUUUUUUUUACGCUGGCAGGGAAAGAGUUAAAGAUGAAUCUAUGUAUUGCUAUCUGGCACUUCAGUAUGGGAAUAAAGGAUAGGAUUGUGAUGUUUUUGUUGUUUUUAAAGCUCACUGUAAGUGUGUAUUAGUAUCUUUUGUUGUUUGCUAAAGCAUCUGAUAUAGCGUUUGGACCCGAAAGCGGUGUCGUGUGAUGUCAGACUAAACAAGCAAAUAGUUUUAAAGUAAAGUGUCCUCAAGCUAGCUUAAAAUUAAACAGCAGGGUUAGGUUGCAUGUUGUCAUGAAAUGACAACUAGUCGUUUGCUACUAGUCAAAGUCCAGUUUUGUUUAAACGUAAUGUGUGAACUUUUACAUGGUCCCUUACUUACCAUGUUUCCAAUAUCCAAAUUUUCAUACAAAAUUAUGACACUGCUAAUGCGAUCAGCUACCAAAUUAAGCUGCAGGCAUCAUUCAUUCCCCUUAUGAAAAUUAACCAUGUUGUUUGUGGUAAAAGUGUAAUAACCAUGUUUUUUUGGUGGAUGGAUUACUAUUAGCAAAACCAUGGUUUUACUACAGUAACCAUGUUUUUUUUAUAACUGUAGUAAAAGCAUGGUUUAUUUUCACACAGUAAAAUGAUCACACAGAUUAAACCUCACAAUGCAUUUAGGUAAAAUAUUCUGUGGGUCAUAUACAGUAGGUUGAAGGAUAUGUUGUGAAGAUUCAUCUUUUGUGAACAUAGGUAUUGAAAUGACACUUGGAUGAGUAAGUAACAGCAUUUUAUUACCCAGUGGUGAACUGUGUUUCUUUAAGUCUGUCAUUUCAUAUCAUCAAUGUUGGUUUGGGAAUGUUGAUGACGAAUUUUAAAGCCGGUCACUCAAUGAUUAUCUCAAUAUUAUCACACUGACAGGUAUAGAGUUAUAUAUUGUAGAUGAACACUUUCUCUCAAGUUUACACUUUUUUGAAUACUUCACUGGAUUCAUAAUCUGCAUGCUGAUGAAUUAGAAGUACUUAGAAGAGAUGAUAUUUCCUAUUCAUUUCAUAUCGCAAAUGAAAGGCUUUGGUGACGAUAAAAUCACCUAAUAUUUUCUGCCAAUACUUUUUUCCUAAAGAUAAUAAACCUUUCAAAGUAAUUUCUAAAACUAACAUGUUGUACAUACAAACUAUUUCUGUAACAACAAAAACUAUUCAUUUAAUAUCACGAUUAUCACAUAAGUGUAUCAACUUCUUCAUUUCAUUUGUGCUAUCACAUGACGUCUUAAAACAUCAUGAGGGUCGUGUUAAAUAUCAUAAAGUCAUCUGUUCAAGCCUUUUAAUUCACUGUACUCACUCAUGUUUCAAAUGAUGCACUGAGAUCACGUCAGAAAUGUACAAAGUGGUUUUGCCUUAUACUGUAAGUCUUGCUCUAAUGUCAUCGAUGUUUGACUGCCUUUACUAGUUGUUUUAUUGGUUCAAACCACAAUGAACUGGCACACGAUUCAACUGUCAGCACAAAACCAAACGUGGACACUAGACAGUUAAGAGAAGAUAACACAACACGCCAUAGACAUCACCUGUGAUAAACAAAUCACUGCUGAUGUAGAAACUUCUCCAGCACUUCACACAUCUCCAAAGAUGAUGAUCAUGUUGAGUUUCACCAUUGUGUCUUUCAUACGGCCUGUGUUUUUCUCUCACGCAAACCCUUUAAUGCACACUUGAAUAUUCUGGAAUCACAUUUAAUCCCAAAAUGCAUUUUCUUUAUGCAAAAUUAUGAUUUUUGUCUUCUGAUGUUGGAAUGUAAAUUUGGUUAAAGCAGCAAAAUGAUUUCUUUAUUUUGAACAACAUCACGUAGAGUUAAAAAAAUUGAAAUCAUUUAACCUAACGUGUACACACCAGAUAUGAACCAUCAUUUGAACUGAGUUAUGAGACAAAAACAUCCCUCACAAAAGAACUGAAUCACCAGGAGUAUUUCAAUACAGAAAUACAUCGAUUAUCAAUGUCUGUAAAAGUUUGUGUUUGAAUGUUUUUUACAGAUGCCUUUUCCUGGUUUCUUCCCCAAAGAUUUUUCUGGAUUUUGUAUCUAAAUUGCCUUUGCUAUGUUUUGUAAUGCUGGCACAGUUUUGUUAUUUUCUGUUGUGUAUAAAUGUUUUGUUAUUGUUUUUUAAUAUAACUGUGAAUGUACAGUCAAAUGCUUUCAUAGAUUGUUUUCACUGUACAAACAUUCAUAUUAUGUUUGUUUACAUUUUUACUUAAGAAAGCCACAAACUUCACAACACUGAAUGAAGUCUUUGUUAAAGUUGGUUAAUCCUUUUAAAA